AUGUACCAUCCACCUCCUGGUCCUUAUGGACCUCCUCCUCCUGGACCACCGCCGUGGGGAUAUCAACAACCCGGGUGGCAACCCCCGCCUCAGCCCUACCCUCAGCCCUACCAACCCCAUUAUGGCUACCACCCCAGUCAGAGCCAUCACCGAUCCCAGAGUCAGUCGCAAUACCCAGGUGCUUAUGCACCAUCGGCUCAUCCGCCAUAUCCUCAAUAUCCUCCACAAUCUCCUCUCCCCUACGGACAGUCGCAGUCACCGUCGCAUCUCCGUGCGCCUCAAAAUGGCCGACCUCGGGCGAAUUCGGCCAGCUUGCCGCCUCCACCACCACAGACGGCUCAGCAUUUCGGCCACGGCGCACCGUCAAACUACAAUUUCCGGUAUUCAGCCUGUACCGGUCGGCGCAAGGCUCUAUUAAUCGGAAUUAACUACGCUGGGCAGCCAAAUGCCCUCAAAGGAUGCAUCAACGAUGUCACCAACAUGUCCAAUUUCCUCGCACAGCGAUUUGGAUACAAGCGGGAGGACAUGGUGAUUCUCACGGACGACCAGCGCAACCAACUGAGCAUCCCGACCAAGGCCAACAUCCUCCGGGCCAUGCAGUGGCUCGUCAAGGACGCCCAGCCCAACGACUCCCUCUUUGUGCAUUUCUCCGGUCACGGCGGUCGCACGCCCGAUAUGGAUGGCGACGAAGAUGACGGAUUUGACGAUGUCAUCUACCCGGUGGACUACCGCGUGGCCGGUCACAUUGUGGACGAUGACAUGCAUGCGAUCAUGGUGCGUCCGCUGCGGCCCGGGGUGCGAUUGACAGCAAUCUUCGACUCGUGCCACUCGGGCACAGCAUUGGACCUGCCGUACGUCUACUCGACGCAAGGUAUACUCAAGGAGCCCAACUUAGCCAAGGAAGCGGCCCAAGACCUAUUCAGCGCCUUCACCUCCUAUGGCCAGGGAGAUUUCUCCAGCAUGGCCUCUACCGCCAUCGGCUUCUUCAAGAAAGCGGCCAACGGCGGCUCCGCACGCGAGCGCACAAUCAUGACCAAGACAUCGCCCGCCGACGUAGUGAUGUUCUCAGGGUCCAAGGACACACAGACCUCUGCCGACACGUUCCAAGAUGGUCAAGCGCGGGGUGCUUUAAGUUGGGCGUUUAUCAAAUCCCUGCAACAAUGGCCGCACCAAAGUUACCUGCAAUUGCUCAACACUAUCCGGAAUGAACUCGAGGGCAAAUACUCGCAGAAGCCGCAGCUGAGCUGCAGUCAUCCCCUUGACACCAAUCUUCGCUUUGUGAUGUAAUGAAGUACAACCAGGUACAUGAAUUAAUGUAGCAAAUGAAUCACGAG